AAACUUUUUCUCUGGCAACGCAGUUCUGAUUUCAGCCAUCAAAAUGGCAACUCUGAAUGUUUGUGCUAGACAUUCGGACGGAAUUAAGCGUUUUCAAGUAACUGUCAGCUUCGAAAAUUCAGUGAAAACUUUAGCAGAUGAAAUAAAUAAGCACAUACACUUAAGUGAUUUUGGUAUUGUUUAUUGUGGCCAACUAUUGAAUCCUGACUCAUUCUUGUCUGCCUACCCCCUUCAACCUCAGUCCACAGUAUAUGUGAUCAAGACAGACCACAAACCCAGCUCUAGCACAGAUGCAGAUUGCGGGGGUCCAAACAAAAAUGAAGUGACAAUGGCAAUACAGUCAGCAUUGCUCAAUUUAGAAUACAGAUCAAUUGUUGAGAACAUGUUAAAUGAACCAGACACAGUGGAAAACAUCAUCGCUGCAACUCCUGGGCUGGACAAAGAUCCUUGUGUUCUAGCAAUGUUACAGGAACCUGAACUCUUGGCUGUGAUGGCGCACCCCAGUAACAUGGACAGCUUGCUUCGGCUUCACCCAACGUUUGCCCAAGCUGCUGUUACAAUAGCUACAGCUGUUAAUGAAGAGGGUGCUAAGGUUGGCCAGAAACCAGGGCUGGCAAAUGUGACAUAUUCCAUGGACCAAAUGUCAGAUGAAGAGGAUGAAGUUCCUCAGCCCAGUAGAGGUCGGGGUAAUGGCAUAACAGCUUCCCAGCUAGCUGCAGCUAUACAAGCUGCCACAGCUUCUGCUACUGCAUCUCAGCUUCCAUCAUCAUCAGCAGCCACAGCUUCCAACUCUCAAACUUCAAUCACCAGUGAUUUCUUUCAACAAGCCAUGGCCCAUGCUCAGACAGCUUCUUCUGAUGCAGCUUUACAGCAGCUAAGGGACAUGGGAAUCUCAGAUGAAAAUGUGGCGCGGCAGGCACUUGCAGCUACAGGCGGAGACAUCCAGGCAGCCAUUGAUCUGAUCUUUGGAGAUGGCUUUAUGUAACCUGGUGUUUUCUUAGACUUGUGCUUGUCUCAACUGUCAGAUGUCAUGUGCUGGCCUUAGCUGACAGAUGUCAUGUGCUGGUCUUAGCUGACAGAUGUCAUGUUCUGCACUUAGCUGUCAAGAUGUAUAAACCAUCAGAUGUCAUUAGUUUAGUGCUCAUUUAAUUUGUUAAAGGAUAUACAUUUGUACUGGUCUCUGUGUAUUACAGCUAAGUUUUUAAACUCAUGACUAGAAGGCCAAAUUAAAUAUUUAAGUUCCACAUUUUUUUCUGUCUUGUACAAAAGAGUUUUUUAUGUCAGAAUGUUGUUUAUAGAUUGCUCAGGCAAAAUUUGUGAAUUUGACACUAUCACCAGCAUCAGCAAAAUGGUAUCACAGCUAGUCCUUUAUUGAUUCAAACAUUUUAUCUGUAAACACUUGUAAAAAGAUUUUUCCCCAUAGAAAUUAAACUACCAAAACUGCUUGUAACUCUUCAGCUUUUAAGUCACAUGCAUACAAAUUCAAGUACUAUUUAUGUUGCCACUGCCAUAUAAUAAAAGUAUGUGAGUGUGUCUAUUACCCACAUUUUCUCUGUUCACAGUAUCUGAAUUGUCAUUUAUUAAGUGUUUUGCUCUAAUAUGAAUUUUGAAUUUCCUCUGCUGCGCCAUCAGUAAAAAAGUAUUUAUAGUGUUAAAACUUAUUGCCACUGUUUUUAUAGAAAGUUUCUCGUUGUUUAGAGGAUAAUUCUAUGUAUUAUUUGAAAAACAUAGUCCUAAAAUGAUUUAAGGGAUGAUGUUUAUAGCAUAGCAAUAUUCAGGGCAUUAUAUGAACAACAGAACAACAGUUUAUCUGAAAGAUUGAAUUAGGGUAAAAGUACAUUGGGUGGUAUUGACAUGAGUAAACAUUUUUUUUUUGUUGGUUUCUUUUUACUUUUACCAUGUCUUAAAUUGAAUAAAAUGAGGUUGCCUUAA